GGAAGGGGGGACACAUGGCUGGUAAUGAAGGACUCGGGUUAUCUAUCAGACUGGCCUCCUCCACCUCCUACCCCCAUCUCACUUGGGUUCAGCUAGUAAAGGUUUCUGGGUCAACAGGUGACCUUUGCCCAGCUCCCUGGGCCUCCAGUGCCCACUGCCCAGCGGACAAUAUAAAACAGGCCACACAGUAUUGGAUCUUCCUAUCCCAAUCAGCACAUCCCAGGAAGCAGCUUUUCAGACGCAGAGUGGCCAUGCAGCGCCGAGUUUUCUUUGCUUCUGUGUUCCUGACCCUGCUGGUCUUUGCUCAUGCCCAGGCAGAGGAGACAUUCUUGGACCGGGUCCAAGACUAUGUGCAGCAGGCGGCCCAACAAGCCCAGGACGCGCUGACCUCGGUGCAGGAAUCUCAAGUGGCCAAGCAGGCCAAGGGCUGGAUGGCUGAAGGCUUCACUUCCCUGCAUGAUUAUUGGAGUACUUGGACAGACAAGUUCUCUGGCCUAUGGGAGAAAAGUGAAAAGGCAGUGAAAGAAAUUCCUGAAAGAGACGCACCUUGAAGACUCAACUCCAUCAUCUUCUGUAUCCAUCUGCCCAUCUUCCUGCCUUCUUCCAGGGUUUUCUGGACUUUUCCACUAUGUCUCAGGAAAAGCACUUGCCCCCUAGCCAAGCACUGCCCUUAAAAUAAAGCCAGAUGAAAAAUA